AUGACAGCCUCCGUGCUCCUCCACCCCCGCUGGAUCGAGCCCACCGUCAUGUUUCUCUACGACAACGGCGGCGGCCUGGUGGCCGACGAGCUCAACAAGAACAUGGAAGGGGCGGCGGCGGCGGCGGCGGCGGCGGCAGCGGCGGCGGCGGCUGGGGCCGGGGGCGGGGGCUUCCCCCACCCGGCGGCUGCGGCCGCAGGGGGCAACUUCUCGGUGGCGGCGGCGGCCGCGGCGGCGGCGGCGGCCGCAGCCAACCAGUGCCGCAACCUGAUGGCUCACCCGGCGCCCCUGGCGCCCGGCGCGGCGGCCGCCUACAGCAGCGCGCCCGGGGAGGCGCCCCCGUCGGCCGCCGCCGCCGCUGCCGCCGCAGCCGCCGCUGCAGCGGCGGCGGCGGCGGCGUCGUCCUCGGGAGGACCGGGCCCCGCGGGCCCAGCAGGCGCCGAGGCCGCCAAGCAGUGCAGUCCCUGCUCGGCGGCGGCGCAGAGCUCGUCGGGGCCCGCAGCGCUGCCCUACGGCUAUUUCGGCAGCGGCUACUAUCCUUGUGCGCGCAUGGGCCCGCACCCCAACGCCAUCAAGUCGUGCGCGCAGCCCGCCUCGGCCGCCGCCGCCGCUGCCUUCGCGGACAAGUACAUGGACACCGCCGGCCCCGCGGCCGAGGAGUUCAGCUCCCGCGCUAAGGAGUUCGCCUUCUACCACCAGGGCUACGCACCCGGGCCUUACCACCACCACCAGCCCGUGCCUGGCUACCUGGAUAUGCCGGUGGUACCGGGCCUCGGGGGCCCCGGCGAGUCGCGCCACGAGCCCCUGGGUCUUCCCAUGGAAAGCUACCAGCCCUGGGCGCUGCCCAACGGCUGGAACGGCCAAAUGUACUGCCCCAAAGAGCAGGCGCAGCCUCCCCACCUCUGGAAGUCCACUCUGCCCGACGUGGUCUCGCAUCCCUCAGACGCCAGCUCCUACAGGCGGGGGAGAAAGAAGCGCGUCCCUUACACCAAGGUGCAAUUAAAAGAACUCGAACGGGAAUACGCUACAAACAAAUUCAUUACCAAGGACAAACGGAGGCGGAUAUCAGCCACGACGAAUCUCUCGGAGCGACAGGUUACAAUCUGGUUCCAGAAUAGGAGGGUCAAAGAGAAAAAAGUUAUCAACAAACUCAAGACCACUAGUUAA